UGGUCGAAUUGCGAGAAUAGGAAGUGUCUGUCAGUAGUAGGGGCUUAACAUUGCUAGCUAAGUAGUAUCAGGUUAAUAUACACCAAAGGCUAAAUAUUUUGCGUCUCGCCGAUAAACUCGGAUGUUUCGUCGCGCAAAGAGGUACUCGGCAACCAACUUGUAGACCGAGGAGUUUGGUCUCUUGUGACUAUUGCGCUGUUUGAUUGCUCUUUCGUGUGGCUGUGUACGACUAGCUUAGCUAGCUAACGUUCAACGUCAAUUCAGCCACCUAGCAGCUACUUCUCUGCCAGCGUAGCUUUGCAUUGGGAUCUUUCAGCUUGUCUGACAGCUACAGCAGCGAAAAUUAACCGGGUUGUGGUACAGAGAGAAUACGGUUCCGUUUUAGUGAGCGUGUGCGUGAGAUUAUUAAUGCUGCGUAACGUAGUGUGAGAUAACUGUAACUGAAUGUUUGGUGAUAGCAAUAGCAGCAGUUACAGCUAGCAUAUAGUUAGCUUGUCAACAAUGGGUUAUAAACGGCAUUUAAAGACGGCAAGAAGCUUUUAUUUUUUGACCCUACUGCUGCUCGUCUUCAUCAAGGGAAUAACAGCUGAUGAAGAGCAACACGGGAAUGACGGACCAGAGCUAAAGUCUUACCACGACCCAGACUCUGAAGAGGAGGAUGUCCGUCUGGCAUCAGAAAUUGUGGCUGGUGCUUCUGUGACCUCUGGUCAAGAAGUCUCCCCACCAGAAGAAGAGAAACAGACACCUCGGGAUACACUGGAGGGAGAGGAGAAGGAGGACCUGCCUGAGCAGCCUCCUCCAGUUGAGGAGAAACCGAAAGAGGUUCCAGUGGUUAAUGGUGGUACAGCCCAUGGAGAGCCGUGCAUCUUCCCGUUCCUCUUCCAGGGGAAGGAGUACUCGGACUGUACCACUGAUGGACGGGGGGAUGGACGGCUGUGGUGUGCCACAACCUACGACUACGACCAGGACAAAAAGUGGGGUUUCUGUGAGACGGAGGAGCAGGCACAGCAGAGACUGCAGGCGGAGGAGGCUGAGGAGCAGUAUCAGACUGUUCUGCGCAUGCUCAACGCCACCACCAGGAAGACCCAGAAGAAAGAAUUGUAUGAAAAGCUGAUGAAAGUAGCGGAGAAAGGCCACCAGAAGGCCAUGGAGAAGGUGGCGUACGCAAUGCUGUUUGGAGAUUACAUAAACCAGAACAUCACCAAGGCCAAAGAAAUGUUUGAGAAGCUUGCAAUGGAGGGCUCACCUAAAGCUCAGAUGGCUCUGGGUUUUCUGUACGCAGCUGGACUUGGAGUGAACUCAAGUCAGGCUAAGGCCUUGGUCUACUACACCUUUGGUGCAUUGGGUGGAAACUUGGUAGCUCAUAUGAUUCUGGGCUACAGAUACUGGGGAGGUGUGGGUGUUCCUCAGAGCUGUGAGUCAGCACUAACACACUACAGGCUUGUGGCAAAUCAAGUGGCGAGUGAUGUGUCUCUGACGGGAGGUUCAGCAGUGCAGAGGAUCAGGCUGUUGGAUGAGGUGGAGAACCCGGGAUCUACCAGUGGGAUGUUGGAGGAGGACUUGAUCCAGUACUACCAGUUUCUAGCUGAGAAGGGAGACGUACAAGCUCAGGUGGGUUUGGGUCAGUUACACCUGCACGGAGGACGUGGAGUCGAACAGAAUCAUCAGAGGGCGUACGACUACUUCACCCAGGCAGCAAACGCAGGGAACACACACGCUAUGGCUUUCCUCGGCAAGAUGUACUCAGAGGGCAGCGAGUUUAUCCCUCAGAACAACGAGACUGCCCUGCAGUACUUCAAGAAGGCUUCUGACUUGGGUAAUCCUGUGGGACAGAGUGGCCUGGGGAUGGCCUAUCUGUAUGGAAGAGGUGUCCCAGUGAACUAUGAGCUGGCACUGAAAUACUUCCAGAAGGCAGCAGAGCAGGGCUGGGUGGACGGUCAGCUCCAGCUGGGCACCAUGUAUUACAAUGGCAUCGGUGUGAAGCGUGACUACAAGCAGGCACUUAAAUUCUUCAACCUGGCCUCACAGGCAGGCCACAUCCUGGCCUUCUACAACUUGGCACAGAUGCACGCGACUGGUACUGGUGUGAUGCGCUCGUGCCACACUGCUGUGGAGCUUUUCAAGAAUGUGUGUGAGCGCGGCCGCUGGUCAGAGCGUCUCAUGACAGCCUACGGCAGCUUCAAGGAGGGUGAGACGGAUGCUGCUCUGGUCCAGUAUCUGCUGCUGGCUGAGCAGGGCUACGAGGUCGCUCAGAGCAAUGUGGCCUUUGUGCUGGACCAAACAGAAGGAGCAAAAAUCUUCAGCGAGAAUGAGACCUACCCUCGGGCUCUGCUCCACUGGACAAGAGCUGCAGCACAAGGCUACACGGUGGCAAGAAUAAAACUGGGGGACUACCACUUCUAUGGUUACGGGACAGAUGUGGACUAUGAGACAGCGGUUAUCCACUACAGACUGGCGUCAGAGCAGCAGCACAGUGCACAGGCCAUGUUUAACCUGGGUUACAUGCACGAGAAAGGCCUGGGCAUCAAACAGGACAUUCAUUUAGCCAAACGUUUCUACGACAUGGCCGCUGAAGCCAGUCCCGACGCCCAGGUCCCAGUUUUCCUGGCCCUGUGCAAGCUAGGCCUGAUUUACACUCUGCAGUACCUGCAGGAUCUUAACUUGAAGGAGCUGAUUUCUCAGGUGGACCUGGACCAGCUUCUAGGCCCGGAGUGGGACCUCUACCUCAUGACAGUCAUCGCCCUGCUGUUGGGCACAGUCAUCGCCUACAGACAGCGCCAACACCAAAUCAUAGUUCCCCCUCGCCCACCUGCUCCCGCCCCAGCGCCCCCUCCUAGACCACCUCAGGAACAGUCUGUUGCCCAGGCCGAGCCCCAGGCACAGGAAGAAACAGAAGCCCAGGGCCCAGCGCAGGAGGAGGAAGAGGAGGAGGAGCAGCAGCAACAGCAGUGAGAGGAAGCCAGACGGAGCGAGGGCAGUAACAGACAGACGUGAGGCUCUGCCAGCCCGCCCCAUGGAGCAGCCACUGCUCACUAGCUGAAUACCAGCUAGUCUGAGCACCUCUCCCACUCUGCCUGCUCCCCUCCACACACUAACAGUGCAGUCUCACUACUCCCUUUCUCCAUUCAAAAUAUGCUGGUCCUGUGCUGAAGAAGGCAGCGGGGGUGUUUAUGGACAGUGCUGUAGAACAAAGAGGAUCGCACAGAUUGGGACUUGCUAGUCUGUGACUCAGGAUGCUGCCAGAAGCGCCAGCGUCCUCGCGGUGGAAUUCGCCUCGUGGUUGCCACAUGCAAAGGCAUUUUGGACUUGACUAAUCAAUAUAGUUGGAAUCUUUAUGCUCAUUAGUUUUUUUCUCACUUUCCCUUUUUUUCGAGAAAAUGAGACUCAGUUGAACUGCUUCGAUCCUAACUUUGAGCUGUGUUUAGAGAAAAAAAAAAAUGAGGCGGGAAAGUUUGAAGUUGAAUUGAUUUAAUUUGCUAGCCCCAGUCAAGUUUGUCAUGUUUCUGCAUGUUUUCUCUCAUCAUCAUCCAGACUUUAUUUUUUAGGCACCUUAUUUUCAGAUAUUGAAUGAAUGAACAAAUGUUGCGUUAAUUUUUGCAUCACAAUUUUGCGUUCAUUAGUUAUUUGUUCUAGUUCUGGAUUUAGAUGUCACUUCACCUGGGAAAGAACGCUUUUGUUCAUUCAGCAUUAGUGACAGUUAGGCCAUUAGUAUAAGAGGAAGAAGCCUGUGCUAGCAAGGCUGGACUGGGAAGAUAUUUAAUUUUAAGUGCGCAGGUUCAUUCUCUCUGCUACAUUUUCACCAUGGCAGACGGGGACGAGGAAUGAGAAGCUGCUGAAGUCUGUGAAAUCGAAGCUGUCACAGAAAACCCUUGAUGCAGGUCCUGUUUGAUAAUUCAUCCAGACACCAGUCUUUCACUCUCCAAGCGGUGAAAACAGAGUGCACAGAACAAAUGUCACAAAAACUGAGUCCAGUGAAAGAAAGAGAGAAGAGUUUUUGAAGGUGUUUCUGUACUUUGGCUCUGAUUUCAUUCUGGUAGGGUUUUUUUUUUUUAUUUGGAAGGUAGCUCAAUAGUUCCUCUCGGCCCACAUGCCUGUUUUUUCUUUUUCUUUUUUGUUUAUUAAGCCAUGUGUUAGCCAAGGCAGAAACUGGAGCAGCCUUAAAUAUAGCAGCGCCUCAAACUCUGGAUGGUUUCUACGGUAGAGGAAGUGGAUUCGUUUUUGUGUGUGUGCGUGCGUGUGUGCGUUUGGUAACACAACUUCAGCUGUUGUGAGAAUAUCCACCCCCUCACCAAAAGUCCAAGAUGGAGCUUUGUGCUCUGCCUACACUUUUCCAUUUCAGAUGGACCUCUAACCUAAGAAAAGAAGCCAGACAGUUUUUAUGAAAAAUAAAAAAAAAAAGAUAAGAAAUUUCAGAUUUCACACGCGGUUCAUUUGUUCAGUUCCCACAAUAUGUGCUUGUUGUUAAGAAUUAUUGGGAGCAUAUCUGCCAAUGCAUCUGCAUGAAGUGUAUGAAGUCAGAGAGGACAGUGAAAAAUGUUAUUCGUAAAAAGAAAGAUAAGAAAAUGUUCCAGACUGUCUCACAGAAACAUUCACACAUCGGUGCCCACAUGACUCACAAUUUGUCUAAAAAUGAAACACUGGUCAAGAUGGUUGAGAAGACUGCAUUUUUACCAUCGCAAAUACAAGUUUAUAAAGAAAUGAAUAAAUGAUACAUGGAUAUUUAA